UCAGGCCGAGGAAUCAAAAGAUCAAAUAAAUAUCAGAAUGAUUCUGAAGAAGAAUCUAAAAGUAAGAAACCAAGAAGAGCUUGUGAAAGAUCUGGGUGUCCAGCUAAAGUGCCCAUCUGUUUUGCUCGAGCUACUGAAAGAUGUGCUGGCAGCUCGUGGACGUCUAGAUGGUAUCAUAUUUCACAAGGAGAACAUUUCUGUAAUGAAUGUUUUGACUUUUACUACAGAAGUCAUAAAGAUGGUUAUGCCAAGUUUGCAGAAUGGAAAAGAAAAUGGUCUACUCAUGGUAAAAAUGACCCCAAAUUGAUGCUGUUUUUCUCCGAUCAGAUGCUACCUUAUUGGUGCCAAUGUACAACGAAAACAUGUGGAAAAUGGCGCCAACUGUCGAAAGAAUGUCAGUUCACAUCGGAAUUAGUGGCCAGAUUUAAAUGUGGUAUGACCUCUACAGGUGUAAAGAGAGUUGAAGCAACACAAUAUAGAAGAUGGUAUUCUCAAGUGACCUCAGCACCCUGUUUAUAUUCCAGUCCUUCAGCACCCUUCCUGACAGGCUAUUAUCCGGAUGGUGUAGGACUUAGUGUAUCUGAUGACAGUGUUCGAGAGGUUCAACCAAAUCCUUUAGGUGAGCUUUCUUCAGUUAGCAUUUCCUUCAAAAAAUAUCCUGGUGGUUUAAUCCAACCAUUUACUAAAGAUGAACAGACACUAACAGCCCUGAGUUUUCAUCCUGAUUUAAUAGAAACAGAUGAACAGCUUACCUUCUCUCAUCUAACCUCUGAAAACCCAAUGCUGUACCUAGCUCUUCGAAAUCUUAUUAUGUCUUUAUGGGCUUUGGAUUUGACACAAUGGUUAACUAAAGAAAAAUGUAGAAAUAAUUUGAUAUGUAGGGGAUUAACUAGGAUACGAUUAGUAGAUGAUAUAGAACCAAUGUUACAAUAUUUAACUAGUAAAAGCUAUAUUAACACUGGAUUGUUAUCUAUACCAACUGAAUUACACAUACAAGACUGUCAGCAAGAAGUAUUAGUUAUUGGUGGAGGUAUAAGUGGUAUAACAUCGGCCAGAUUUUUGAAACAAAUGGGUAUCAAGGUGAAGGUUUUAGAAGCAUCAGAUUGUAUAGGAGGUAGAAUCAAAGAUAGUAAGAAAUUUGGACAAUGUGUUGGUAGUGGAGCUCAGCUGUUAAUUGGUCAUAUAAAUAAUCCCAUUUCUAUUAUUUCACAUCAAGCUGGUCUUGAAAAUAAAAUAGUAAAGGAACACUGUAGUCUAAUGAGUUGUACAGGAGAUAUUAUAGAUCCUCAAGUUGAUAGGAGAAUAGAUUUCCAUUUUAACGCCAUGCUAGAUGUCAUAGCAGAGUGGAGGCAGGGUAAAGGAGCCAAAAGUGAUGUCAAUUUAUUGGAUAAAUUUUAUGAAAUGCAUAAACAGUUUAAAGAAGAAUCUCAACUCCCUUUUACAGAGGAGGAAGAAAAGAUCUUACAGUUUCAUCUUAGUAAUUUAGAGUAUGCUUGUGGUGCCAGUUUGUCAAGGGUGUCCACAUUAAAUUGGGACCACAACGAAUCCCAACCACAAUUUACUGGUGAUGUGGUCAUACUUAAAGAUGGUUAUUCCAAGAUUUUAGAAAAAUUGAGUGAAAAUUUAGACAUACAGUACAAUACUCAGGUUUGUGGUAUAGAUUAUUCCAGUGAAUCUAUAAAAGUCACAACUAAUACUAGUUCUUUCACAGCACAUAAGGUGCUAGUUACAGUUCCGCUAGGUAUAUUACAGAAACAAUGUAUACAAUUCACUCCUUCUUUAUCAGAGAGGAAAACUAAGGCCAUUAACUCUCUUGGUGCUGGUUCUCUAGAAAAAGUUUGUCUUCAAUUUGAUAAGAAGUUUUGGAAGAGUAAAACUGAUGGAGAUGAUUUUUUUGGCCAUGUACCUGUCAGCGAGAGCCAGCGUGGACUUUUUAAUGUAUUCUAUGACCUUUCUACCUCAGAAAAUGAAAGUGGUAUUUUAGUGACUAAUAUAUCUGGUAACGCCUUGAAACUCAUGCAAGAUAAAAGUGAUAAAGAAAUUAUGGAGAUGUGUUUAAAAACUUUACGCUCCUUAUUUCCACAAGAGACUGUCCCAGAACCAAGAAAUUUUCUAGUGACACAUUGGUCUGAUGAUCCCCAUAUUGGCAUGGCGUAUAGCUAUAUGCCUAUAGGUUGUGAUGGAUCUAUAUAUGAUAUUCUAGCUGAGGAACUGGAUGAUAGGGUCUACUUCGCUGGCGAGGCCACCAACAGACAAUUUCCACAGUCUGUGACAGGAGCAUAUUUAUCAGGUAUUCGUGAAGCCUCCAAAAUCAUCUCCAAUAUCAAAGCAGGCCUUUCUCAAAAUAAUUCUUGA